CUUGUCAAUUCAGAUACAUUUCUCAACUUUCCUCUCCACCACCUCAAGUCGUUACAAUCCAAUCAUUCUGAAAUCAGUAAAGACGAUGCUCUUCUCUCACUGAUACAAUCAUAGCUCUUUUUCAGCACGUUGAUAGAGUUCUUUCGAGGGAAAGUCGUGCCCAAGGAGUUCCGAAAGGUCUUAGAAGAUGGCAGCGAGGUGCUUACCACAAAGCAGCUCCGCCACAUGAUGGCAUGUUGGCCAGAGUACCAAUAUGAUUCCGACGACGCUACAAAAGAGGAGGCCCAUAAGAUGGCUGUCGAGACCAGUGGACAGCUCCUCGCCCGUUCUUUGUUUGCUUGCGAGCGGUUCGGAAAGGUCAAGUCAAACGACGACCGGCUACAUCGUGUCCUUUUCUCGGUCAAAGUUCUGAUAUGCACUAUUACUCUUUUAGCGCGCAACUAUUCUCCGGAGUCGAAUAUGGCGCUGGACGCAGUUUUGACUAGAGCCUGUUUCAAACACCCUCCGGACGGCUCACCGGAAUCUACCUUCUUACUAUGGGACUCUAUGAUCGAGAAUCGGUGGUGCCCUCAACAAGUCUACUACAUGCUCCAAACCCAACCGGCGACCAGCGUAUGUCACAUCGCUCAUACAAAACGACCAGAGUGGCAUGGAGAACGUCAUUCAUGCGAUAAACACGAUUAUUGCGUUGCACACCAAAUCGACUGAGAAACUUUCGAGCCUACGCAUGAUCACAGUUUUAGAUCAGACGAUCCUGGAUGCUGUCUUGCACUGAAGGAUAAUGAAGUAGCUCUCCUUGAAAAACAAAUGAUGGAAUUACUCGACAA